UACAUAUCCAACCGGUGUUACCAUGCGCGGCCCCUUUUCGAUGUACCAUCCGCGCAGCCGAUCUUAUGUACGAACCCAACCCAAUCAACGAAGCUAUUGCAUGAGACGAUUACCCUGGUGUAUCUCGAUUGCACUGCAGGUGUUCGCUGAUUGUCUGCAGCAUACACUAUAGGCCAGUGUGUGUAGGUACAGAGCUCCUCCGUUCCGCACAGGGACCCAUGCGUCCCACGCCUAAACUGCAUUGAGUUGUCAGACCGCAACCCCGUUUCCCUCGCAUCUGCUAUGGACAAGUGGUUAUGAUCAAUGGACGGCUCAGCUGGUCUUUAAAUGGCGUCCCAUGACCGCGCACUAGCGUUCUUCCAGAUGAACUCUCUCGCGGCUUCACGUCAACAUUCUCGUUAUAUAACCUCGCUAGACCGAGAUGAAUACUUGGUGCCUCAUUUGAUCCCUCUCCCUGCAUGGCUUCCUCUCCAGACGCUCUUGAUCGCGAUCGUGAAGAGCGCGCUUUGACCAGGAAGAUCUUGUGGAAGCUCGACUGUCAUGUCCUGCCUCCUCUGGCGCUGCUCUGGCUCUGUAAUUUUAUAGAUCGAUCCAACGUUGGCAACGCGCGAAUUGCUGGCCUCGAGAAGAGCACUGGCCUGCAUGGAAAUCAGUUCAACAUCGUUCUCACCGGUGAGAAGCGUGGUUCUCCAUCUCCACCAGAGGCAAUGCACUCAUUGGCGCGCUGUAGUCUUCUACCUGACGUGAACAUCCCCGCGCAUUCCCGCCGCUUUUUUAACUCUCUCCGUAGCUACCUCGCCUCCGAAAUACCCUCGAACCUCAUCCUCAAGAGGAUGAAAGCCAACCGAUGGCUCCCUCUGAUCGUCUUCUUGUGGGGCGCCGUGACAAUCAUGACCUGCUUUGUGCACAACUUUGGCGGACUGAUCGCCAUUCGCCUCGCUCUGGGGAUGUGCGAAGGCGCGUUGGUUCAAGGAAGUGGUUUACUUCCAGGCAUGAUUCUCUAUCUGAGUACUAUCUAUAAACCACACGAACUGCAACUCCGUGUCGGGAUAUUCUACGCGUCGGCUUCGCUUUCCGGGGCCUUUGGAGGUCUGCUUGCGACUGGAAUCCUGUCUAUGGACGGCCUCGGCGGACUGGCCGGCUGGAAAUGGAUAUUCGUCAUCGAAGGUUUGGCCACUGUGGUCGUAAGCAUUAUCGCCGCCUACUUCAUGCCUGAGGGGAUCGCGACGGCAUCGUUUCUUACACCGGAAGAGAGAAGAUUUGCAUUAAACAGAUUCCACGGGGUCGUUUACGAGGCCCCUGUCGAGACGUCCGAGAAGGGCGAGACGUCGAUCACGGAAAAUGCCGGACCAUCUGAUGCUCCCGUAGUUCAUCUGACGGACGAGAAAUUCGAGUGGAGAGAGGUCGUGCGAGGUUUGACGGACUUCCAGACCUGGGUGACUGGUAUCGCCUACCUGGGGCUGAUCGUUUCGCUCUACUCGUUCUCACUAUUCCUGCCGACGAUUGUGGCCGGUCUGAACUACACCGGCAAAUCCGCCCAGCUGCACACCGUCCCGCCCUAUGUUCCUGCGACCGUUCUCACAGUGCUGGUCGCGUUUCUCAGUGAUCGACUGAAGUGGCGCGGGCCGUUUAUCCUGAUAUGUCUUCCUUUUGCUAUUACAGGAUACAUUCUCGCCAUUGCUGCGAAAACUAACGCUCAGCGUUACGGAGCCGUCUUCUUGAUCGCCGCGGGUGUAUAUCCGAGUGGACCUGCGAUCCUUUCCAUCCUACCGAAUAACAGCAGCGGCUACUACAAGCGCGCCACUACAACCGCCCUGCAGCUGGCGAUCGGGAAUGCCGGUGGAUUCAUCGCCACAAACAUCUACACGACUGACCAGGCCCCAAAGUACAUCAAAGGUCACAGCAUCGUCCUCGGAUUCCUCAUCCUCGCCUGGUUCAUGAUCGCCGUCCACGUACUGCACGUCUUCCGGGAGAACAAGGCCAGAGCGCAGGGCCGGCGUCACGGUAAUAUCACUGCCUACAACGCCCUGCGCGAUGCGGGCUUGACCAGCGCCCCCAUCGGCGACAGGGACCCCGCAUUUCGCUUCACGCCAUGAAGACCCUGGCAGCUACAAACAUAUAAUUUCCAUUCGAUGGUGCAGUACAACACUCAGUGGUGGAAAGUGGGGGGAGGUAGGGAGUAAGUCAAUAGCGUGUCCGCCUUGUUAUCAGUUGGCAUUUUCAGCCCAUGACGACGCAAAC